AAAGCGUUUUCCAGGUGGAGGGCGGUUAGAGAGCGCGAGGUAGAGUCUCCGAGGUGGGGGAGGGGGGGGGAAAAAGACACCGCUUGAGCUCCUCUGGGAUUAGGACCGCACUGAGCUCGAAUGGAGCUGAAGAAAGCGUCGUCGUUGCUGCUGCUCCUCCUCUUCGCGCAGCUCGCCCUGACUGCGCUGGCCCAGGAUGAGACGGAAUCUGAUGGAGAAGGCGAUAGUGAUAGUGAUGAGGAAGAGGAGGACGACGAUGAAGAGGACGAAGAUGACACUGUCAAGGAAGAAAAUGGCGUUUGGAUUUUGACGGAUGCAAAUUAUGAUUCCUUUAUUGCAGACAAGGAAAUUGUGCUAAUUGAAUUUCAUGCCCCUUGGUGUGAACAUUGUAAGCAGUUUGCGGCAGCAUACGAAAAGAUUGCCAGUGAACUAAAAGAACAUGAUCCUCCUAUCCAUGUUGCCAAAGUUGAUGGUUCAUCACAAUCUGGCCUGGGCAUGAGGUUUGAUAUUGGUAUAUACCCCACAUUCAAAAUUAUAAAAAAUGGAGAACCAAUUCACUACAAAGGACAAGUCUCAAAGGAUGAAAUUUUAUCUAAAGUGAAAGAAAUCGCUUCCCCUGACUGGGUUCCUCCACCCGAAGCAACUAUUGUCCUGACGGAAGAUAAUUUUGAUGAUGUGAUUAAUAAAGCUGAUAUCAUCCUAGUUGAGUUUUACGCUCCUUGGUGUGGACACUGUAAAAAGCUUGCUCCACAGUACGAGGAAGCUGCUCAGGAACUUAGCAAGCGCCCUGUGCCGAUUUUACUUGCUAAAGUAGAUGCUACUACUGAAACAAAACUUGCUAAUAAGUAUCAGGUUACUGGCUAUCCUACCCUGAAAAUUUUCCGCAAGGGUAAACCCUCUGAAUAUAAUGGACCAAGGGAUACAUAUGGUAUUAUUGAAUAUAUGAUUGAACAGUCUGGCCCACCGUCCAAACAAAUUCAAGCUCUUAAACAAGUUCAAGAAUUCCUUAAGGAUGGUGAUGAUGUCAUAAUUGUUGGGAUUUUUAAUAGUGAACAAGAUCCAGCUUAUGACAUUUAUCAAGAUGCUGGUAACUCUAUCAGAGAAGACUACAGGUUACAUCACACCUUCAGCCCUGAAAUACAAAAAUUCUUAAAAGCAUCACCGGGACAGCUACUUAUGAUGCAACCUGAAAAAUUUAAUUCUGCAUAUGAGCCCAAAGUACAUACCUUCACCAUCAAGGACUCAUCACCUCCGUCAGAAGUGACAGAUUUUAUUACAAAUAAUGCUUUGCCUUUAGUUGGGCAUCGUAAGCAAAGCAACGAUGCAAAAAGAUACAGCAAGCGCCCAUUGGUGGUGGUGUACUAUGGCGUAGACUUCAGUUUUGAUUAUCGUGUGGCAACGCAGUACUGGCGGAAGAAAGUGUUGGAGGUAGCUAAGGAUUUUCCUGAAUAUACUUUUGCCAUUGCCGAUGAAGAGGAUUAUUCAUCGGAACUAAAUAGCCUGGGCCUGGCAGACAGUGGUGAAGAAGUGAAUGCAGCAAUUCUAGAUGUAGCUGGCAAGAAGUAUGCAAUGGAACCAGAAGAAUUUGAUACUGAUACACUGAGAGACUUCGUGAUGGCAUUUAAGAAAGGUAAAUUAAAGCCAGUUGUGAAGUCACAACCAGUUCCAAAGAGUAACAAAGGACCAGUAAAAGUGGUGGUGGGCAAAACAUUUUCUGAAAUAGUUAUGGACAAAAAGAAAGAUGUCCUGAUAGAAUUCUAUGCACCGUGGUGUGGACAUUGCAAACAACUGGAACCAGUAUAUUUAGAACUUGGAAAGAAGUACAAAAAUGAUGAAAAUAUAGUAAUUGCAAAGAUGGAUGCAACAGCAAAUGAUGUACCAAAUGAUAAGUACAAAACUGAGGGAUUCCCUACCAUCUAUUUUGCUCGAAGUAAUGAUAAAGACAAUCCUAUUCAGUAUGAUAAGGGUGACCGAGAUCUUGAAUCUCUGAGCAAAUUUGUGGAAGAACAUGCAACCAAACUAUCAAGAAGAAAAGUUGAACUAUAAGGAGCUUUUGUUACUUUAUUCAGUUAUAGGGAACCUUGGAAGCUUUCAACCAUGCAGUUUGGGUUUAAGGUGAAAUGACCAGUUUCAAAAUCUUAAUACCUAAAAAUAAAUCACUGGGAAUAAGAGAUUGAACUUUUGCCUGCCAGAGAAAUUUUGUUUCUACCUGUGUAAUUGAGGUAUUUACCUAGAAUGUGUGAAAUCACUAUUUUGUGAAGUUUGUAUGGUUUGUCAUUCGAUUUAUAUUUUGGUUAAAAAAACCUUCUUCAAAUAAAGACAACCUAAGGAAUUUAA